GAGCGCCGGUUGCUGCCACGGCAUUCCUUGCUAAAUAUUCUCAACUCGAAGGAUUUGCUUUAUCCUGAGCUUGACUUCUAUUCUGUUAUCGCGCUGACUGAGAAGAAGUUUCUGGACAAGUAUGUGCAUCCUUAUGAGAAGAGUAUUCCAGGCCUUGCUGCGACUUAUGCAUCUUACUGUGCUGAGAAGGUGCCGAAUGAAGUUUCUACCUGAAAAGACAAAAUGGAAAAUGAGACUCUGUGCAUGCUUAGUCUGGGAGCAUGUUUCUGGAUUGUCGUGUUGGAAUAACAUUUUAAGGCACCAGUUGGUAACCUGAAAACCAAGAAAUGGAAGAGCUUCUGGAAAACUAUCAAGGUCUUCUGAUGGUUUAUUCGAUUUGUCCAACAACGACGAGUUCAGACUGGGCAAAUUUUGGUUGGUAGAUUUAGUUUAGUGGGGGAUGGCUGAUGGAGUAAUAGUGGUGCUGGUGCACAUGUUGAGUUGUAUUUUACCGAAAUUGUCUUGGUGACGAGCGAGACCUAAGCAACUUUUUUUUUUUGAAACGAGGCAAAAGAUUUGCCAUUUUCAUCAAUUAAGAAGAAGAGAAUUGCUAGGUUAA